AUGUCCAUGCUCGCCCGCCAGACCGUUCGCACCGCCCGCACUGCUCUGCGUCAGCAGCAGGCUCCUCUGCUCCGACGAAACCUGCACGUCGAGAACACCCACGAGACCUCGCUGCCCUUCCCCUCGGGUCCCACGCGCAAGGUGCCCGUGGCUAUCAGCCUUACCACCUUCUUCGUGGUUGGCUUCUCGCUCCCCUUUGUUGCUGCCAAGUUCCAGAUCGCCAAGGCCUCGUGGUAA